AGUGUGUCACCUGUUUCUCACCAGCACUGGAGAUAAGAACCAGCUUCUGGCAACCCGUCUAAGGGAAAAGCAGUUAAGGUGAUGGAUGGUGAUCCUUGAGGACUAAUGGAUCAGUUCUGUUUGUGACUCAUUUCAAGUUACAAUCAUGUAAUCUCCUUUCAUGGAAGAAAAAAAACUAUAUUCGGCCUGGGAAAACAGUAAAACAGAAUAUGUUAGAGCAGUGAAAUUGUUUUCCAAUGAACUGCUAAUCAAGUAAAAAUGUGUUUAUAUUUUCAUAAAUCUGUGCAUCAUAUUGAGCUUAUUUGAUCUAGAACGUUGCACUGUUGGGUUGUCAGUAAAAAUGCUCCAAUCAGCCAUAGAUCUAACGCAGUCAUUCACUGGUCCAUGCUGCCCUUCACCAGGACAAAGUGUUACGUCUGAGACCCUGAAACCGCGCCCACUGUUGACGCGCUGUCCUGGAACUUUGUCUCACAAGUUCAAAGGACAGAUUCUGGCGCUUCUUGGCGCGCCUUUACGCACGAACUCCAGGGCGCAGUGGGGUAGAUCUGUCAGUGGACCGUUUACUUUUGAAGAUGUCGAAUUUUGUUUUUACUUUAUGUAUUUUUUUUUAAUUCAGACGCCUAUAAACAGAACUAAGUGAAAUUUUAUCCAAAUGCGCCGAUGUGAUAUCGUGUCUCCACAGCGCUCAUGGCUUACCAUCCUUUCCAAGUUCAUAAAUCAGACAAAUUUUCAUUACCAGCCUUCAACUCCAGCGCCCAGCCUUCGCUUCUCCAUGUUCCGAUUCUUCCGGAGGUCUCCGCGGAGCAGUCUGCCUGUGACGCACGGCUGCGCGCAGCUCUGGAGCUCCGGAACCGGCCAGCGAACCCGCCGCGCCUGAAGAGUCUGCAGCCCGAAGAGUGGGUGGAUGAUGAACCGAAAGUUACUCUGGAGUUUAAAGAUUUAUGGAGUGAAUUUCACAAAAUGGGAACUGAGAUGGUUAUCACUAAAACUGGGAGGAGGAUGUUUCCUCCCUUUAAAGUGCGUGUGACCGGGCUGGAUGAGCGAGCAAAGUACAUCCUGCUGAUGGACAUUGUGACGGUUGAUGACUGCCGCUACAAGUUUCACAACUCUCGCUGGACGGUGGCUGGAAAAGCUGACCCAGAGAUGCCGAAGCGUAUGUACAUCCACCCAGACAGUCCAUCCAAAGGAGAAGAGUGGAUGAGCAAGCCUGUGGCAUUUCAUAAACUCAAACUGACCAAUAACAUUUCAGACAAACAUGGAUUUACUAUUUUAAACUCCAUGCAUAAAUACCAACCCAGAUUCCACAUUGUGAGAGCCAAUGACAUCAUGAAGCUUCCAUACAGCACCUUCCGGACUUACGUUUUCCAAGAGACAGAGUUCAUCGCUGUCACUGCCUAUCAGAAUGAAAAGAUAACACAGCUAAAAAUUGACAACAAUCCCUUUGCCAAAGGAUUUAGAGACACUGGAAAUGGGAGACGAGAAAAGAGGAGUAAACAGGACCUGAGUGAAGGAGACCAGGACUGUUGUGAUUCUGAUGACUCAUCUGAACAGCCAGGCACCAACGAGUCUUUUUAUUCUCCUCUGGAACUGGUGAGCAGCCCUCUGAUGUCCACACCAACCUGUCAUGAUGACAACAUUAUUGGAAGCGAUUCCGACGCUGAUCCACAAGAUGACGACGCUUUUGAAGCCAGAACUGCACAUUCUUUGACUCUGAGAAAAAAGGAAAGGCUGCAAAACAGCUCUGAUUUUUUUGAGAGCAACAACAGUAACCAGAACGGAAUAGAGGAGAAAACAGAGCACUGCAUGCUGGAUGACAGAUACCCUAUGGACUUUGGUUAUUCUGCAAACCAAAGGAGUAAAAUCAAAGAUGGCAUCUUGCCUGGGAUGUUGCGAUCUCAGCCAUCGACCCUCAUUGACGAUUGCUGUCAAACUUUUGACAUUUCUGGUGUUUACCACCACCCGUCUUGUAGAGUGGAGGCACCCGUUUUGGUCCAGCCAGCACUGCUGCCAAUGAAGCCUUCGUUGUUUUCCACAGUCGACGUGGAGCCUCGAAUUUCUUCUUUGCCUAGAAUAAGUGACUUUGAAAAUAGAGGUUUCUCUCAUUGUAGGAUUCCCAGUUCAGCUCCGUUUCACCUCCCACAGCACAAUCUGGCCUCUCAGGGAGCAUCACUAUCACCUUUAGGAGGGAUGGUCCCAUAUCCAUACCCCUACACAGCACCGCCAGCUGAGAUUGCUCCGGCUUUUCCAUCCCGCUCCACCACCCCGUCUCACUCAAGAAUCCAUCGUCACGUUGUCGCUCAACCCUGGCUUAGAUUCAGUCCAUAUCAGAUCCCUUCUUUCUCUUUUUGCCAAAAUCUGCUAACCAACCAGCUGCCUGCUAGGUCACCUUCACAACUCGAGCUGUCCAAAUCUGGAAGCAGAGACUUGAGUGUCACUUGCAGUUAUGAACCGAGGACUUUGCUAAGGACCUGUCCGCCCAAAACCAGGGGCUCUUUUGAUGAUGUCCUGUACCGCUCUAAAGUUAUGAAGUUGCACUUGAAAAGCACUUAAAAUAAAUAUUCUCUGAAGAUAA